CUUGGACUAUCCCUGGGUGCUCGAGGCUAGCAGCCAGAAAUGCAGCGAGUCCGCUGCUGGCCUGGAGCGACUCGAGAAGGCGAGGGAGGAGCAAGAGGAGGCAGGUGGGGCUAGGGCUGAAAGACGGCUCAGUCUGGAGAAGCUUACGCCCGGACGGGGUGGGGACAGCCCAAGGGGCGCCAGACCCGAUCGUGGAGGAAAGUCCGAGUUUUCGAAAUGGGCUGGGAUGAAGGAGUGAGCCCGCCUAGUGCCACCGUGUCUCUUAAGCGGGAGCGGGGUAUAUGAGUGGGGUUUGGGACCCAGGUCCGUGUUUGUGACUACAGACCUUUUGGUAUUGUUACUGUAGUCCCCCAACAGUAAGUAGCCUAGUGGGAGAGAUGGGCUCUCUCACUCUGAAAUGAGUAGGCAGUCUUGAGUACAAAUGGAGGAAUCUGUGUAUAUUCGAGGUCUGCAUCUGAAAAUGUGACUGUAUAGUCCUGGGCUCCCUCCAUUUCUCCCCGGGGUCCCAGACUUGGCACCCUUGGUUUUUCCUGCUCAAGCAGGGGCCCGGUCGCCCCGCGGGCCAGGGGAGAACGGCGCGACGUCAGUCCACCCGGGGUGCGUUCGCAUCAUCACCCUGCUCUGGCUCCUCUUCUCUCCAGACCAGACCAGCUCCUCCCAGGCCUCCAUCCGAGACGCUGGAUCUGCACCCUCUCGGCCCCGCGGAAUUUGGACUUCCACACCCCCACCCACCGCAUGUGGCUCUUGGAGAAAGCUGGCUGCAGGUUCUUCAUCCCGCCUCGGCUCCCGGACCCAGGCGCGGCCGAGGCCCUGGCCGGGCGCUGCCUCCCCUCGGUCUGUUCGCUGCCUCACCUGGCGGGCCGCGAAGGCUGGGCCUUCCUGCCCGAGAGCCCGCACACACGCCGGCGGGAGUCACUGUUCCACCCCCCGCCGCCCGCCCCCGCUGGAGGGCUUCCGCCGGCGCAGGCCCGGCUGCACGCCUCCGCGCCGGACCUGCGCCUGUGCAGGGCCCCCGACAGCGACACGGCGUCGUCGCCGGAUUCUUCACCCUUCGGCUCGCCGCGGCCGGGCCCCGGCCGGCGCCGGCCGCUCCGGCCGCACUCGCUGUCCCCGGAGGAGGCGAGCUCCGCCGACACCAGCCCGUACGCGCCGCGCCGCUCGGGGCCGCCCACGCCGCCGCUCUUCCACCUCGACUUCUUGUGCCGCCAGCUGCGGCCAACCAAGGAGAGCGUGCUGCGUCUGGGGCCCCGCGGCGGGCAGCUGCGGCUCUCUGCGGAGUACCAGGCCGGGCCCCGCAGGCUGCGGCUGCGGCUGGUGAGCGCCGAGGGCCUGCCCAGGCCGCGGGUCGGCGCGGGCAGCGGCGGCGGCGGCUGCUGCGUGGUGCUGAGGCUGCGGCCGCGCGUCCAGCAACGGGGCCAGCGGAGCCGCGCGGUCAAAUGCAGCGCCAACCCCAUCUUCAACGAGGACUUCUUUUUCGACGGCCUGGGCCCUCCGGACCUUGCGGCGCGCAGUCUGAGAGCCAAAGUGCUGGACCGGGGAGCGGGACUCCGCAGGGACGAGCUGCUGGGGGAGUGCGAGGCGCCCCUUACUGCCCUGCUGCCUCCCCUGGGUGGGGGGCCAGGGCCGGGGGCCUCCGCAGCGCCUGCGCAUCUCAGCCUGUAGACGGAGACAGUCUUCCUUAAGAGAUCACUGGCUCUACAGUCUUCAUCCUUUCCGCCUGCCCAGCUUGUAUUUAUUUUUGCUAAUAAAAU